CAAAAUACACAUUUCCAAAAAAAAGCAAUUAUUCCAGCUCUCGCGAUUUAAAUCCAGCGGGGUCUUUCCUGACUUUGUUUUGUCGCAUAAACGAGCCCCGUUGAGUGGACAUGUGGUGUGUUCUCCCCCCUGGGGGGCGCAGUGCGCCGCUGCAGUCCUCUGUUCCCCUCUGACAACGGCUACAUGAAGUGCGACGGCGACGGGGACAACUACGGCGCCACCUGCCACUUCACGUGCACGGGCGGCUACGAGCUGACCGGCAGUGCCGCCAGGGUGUGUCAGUACGGCCUCAUCUGGUCCGGCACCGACACCAACUGUGCACCCAUGAACAUCAACGUGGGCGUGCGCAGCGCGGCCGCACUAUUGGACCAGUUCUACGAGAAACGGAGGCUGCUGGUCGUCUCAGCGCCGACCGCGUCCAAUCACUACUACCGCUUCCAGAUGACCAACCUCCAGCCAGCCCAGUGUGGUCUGGACCUCCGACAUGUGACCGUGGUAGAGCUGGUGGGGAACUAUCCGGCCCAGAUCGGUCGGAUUCGACACAGGAUCCUCUCCCCAGGACUGGCCCUGCAGCUCAGGCUGCUGCUGCAGCUCUCUCAGAGGACGUUCAGCAUGGUGCUGCUGGACAAGCAGGGACUGGACAAGAUGCGCUACACCUUCCCCAUCACCGCCGCCGAGAUCUUCACCACCAUCGACACCUUCCCCCUGCGCAAGGAGGAGGAGCUGCUGCAGCAGGAGGCCGGCCAGAACUGUCAGGCCUAAAGCCCGCCCGGUCCGUCAGUGGAUUGCGCGUCGCAACCGCCACGCCGCAGUGGUUAUUUUUAUAUUGAUGCUGUCGGUUAAGGUCCAGAGUUGUCCAGAGAGAGAGGAAGCAAAACCACAAGAACAACCCACAGAAAUGUCCCCUCCCUCCAUUGAGAAGUCCCUGCACCUGUGGUUAUUAGGCAAGAUGGUUUCCCUCGGCCAAUCAGGUGAGAGAUGCCGUGAUUAGUCAGAAACGAGCCGGGAGCUGUCUGAAAAGUUCAUUGGCUAAUACAGAGGCCGGCAACUCGAAACAGAGUAUUUCCUCACUAAUAGCCGAGAGAUAGCUUUAGCAUUUAUAACAAAUAACAAACACACUAAGAUGAUUGCUCUAAAAUCUUUCCUACAGCACCUUUAACAGAAAGAUAUUUGUCUAAGGUGCUUCAAUCGUCAGUCUGAACGGAUUUGUGUGCGUACAAAACAUGCAAGUGUGUUAGUAUGUUAAUGUGUGUUCGUCUGUGUGUGUGUGUGCUGGCAUUCAAUAUUAAUAAAUGCCAUUUCAAGAGUUGGGUCAACCGAAAGGGUUUUUCUAAAUCUCAAAAAUCGAUGAUUUGUGGGAUUCAUUACAAUCAUAUUGAUUUUCUGUUCCGUCGGUCUGUAUUUUAUCAUUCAUUAUUUUCCAUUAUCGAAUCAUUUAUUUGAUACAUGAACACGAAUGGCAAAAUAUCUUUAGCUGCCUUAUAUUUAUGUUUCAUUGUUUUUUUUAAGCCAUGUACGCAGUUUUCAAAUACAAAAUAUGGGCAUAUGUACAAGACAGUUAUGCUGGUGUAUCUGCAUGCUGUGUCAAUGUACCCAAACCUAAUUAAACAUGUCUCUUCAGACCAACAGGUGUUCUGUGUUUACUGCCUGUAGUUUCAGGUAGGAGAAAUUCCCAAGUGCACGUGCCGUUCUGGCUCUGAAAACGCCUGCUUCAGGGAAAAAUGCUUGUUCAGAAGAAGAAAAGAGCGAUACCAUC